AGCGCGAGCCAGUGGUGAAUCGGUUUGUUUACAUGCGAGGAGAGGCCGGGACACCCUCCACUUCCCACCUUAUUUUCUCGCGUCUCGUGCUUUGAUUCUCUUCUCUGACACCGCCACCUCCUUCUCCAAGGCCCCCUCGACCUACGGACUCCGAAAAGCAAGCCCGGGAGCCCCGCCGACUCCCAAGCAGCCCGAUUAAAAGACAUCGACACCCGCCUCGUCCUCCUCAGGGAAGCACCAGAACCUCGGCAGGGAAGGAGCCUCUUGGUAUCACACGAUGUCGUUUGUGGGUUUUCGUACCACGUCUCAGUUGGGCGUGAGACUCCUAGCCACACACACGCGUUGCCUCUCCUCCCACACAGCCAAGAUGGACCAGCGCGUGAUUACUCUGGAGAAUAUGAAUCCUUUGGUGAAGAAGAUGGAGUACGCGGUGAGAGGCCCUUUGGUCAUCCGCGCGACGGCCAUCGAGAAGGAGCUGCAGGCGGGGGGGAAGAAGCCGUUCAACAGCGUGACCAAGGCGAACAUCGGGGACGCGCAUGCCAUGGGGCAGAAGCCCAUCACCUUCCUCAGACAGGUCGUCUCCAUCUGCCUCAUGCCCAGUCUUCUGGACGACCCCAACCUCCCCGACGACGCUAAGAGCCGCGCUCGCCUCGUGCUGGAAGGAUGCAAGGGCAGCUCCCUGGGUUCCUACAGCGACUCUGCUGGCAUUGAGGUCAUCCGACGCCACGUGGCCGAAUACAUCGAGAGGAGAGAUGGCUUCCCCUCGUCCUGGGAGAACAUCGUGCUGUGUGCCGGGGCGUCGGAAGGAAUCCGAGGAACAAUGAAACUGAUGAUCAACCAUGAAAAUGGGGUGAAGCCUGGUGUCAUGAUCCCCAUUCCUCAGUAUCCUCUCUACUCUGCCACCAUUGCAGAGUUUGAUCUCCAUCAGAUUGGCUACUACCUUGACGAGUCUAAGAACUGGAGCCUGGACUUGGAUGAACUGAAACGUGCCUAUGAAGAGGCCAAGAGUGUGUGCACUCCCAAGGCCCUUUGUGUGAUCAACCCUGGCAAUCCCACAGGUAAUGUGCUUACAAGAGAAAACAUUGAAGGAAUCAUCAAGUUUGCCCACGAGAGGAACCUCUUCCUGUUUGCUGAUGAGGUGUAUCAGGAUAAUGUGUAUGCAAAGGGAAGCAAAUUCCACUCAUUCAAGAAGGUGUUGAUGGAGAUGGGUGAGCCCUACAAUAAAAUGGAACUUGCGUCAUUCAUGUCAUGCUCCAAAGGAUACAUGGGUGAGUGUGGGUUGAGAGGAGGUUAUGCAGAAAUCAUCAAUUUGGACCCAGCUGUGAAGGCCAUGUACCUGAAGAGCAUCUCGGCCAAGCUCUGUCCCACAACUUUAGGCCAGGCUGUAAUGGAGUGCGUUGUUAACCCUCCGAGGGAAGGAGAGCCAUCUUACGAGUCAUUCAUGGAGGAAAAGCAAGGCGUUCUGAGUUCUCUGGCCACCCGGGCGAAGAUGGUCGCAGAAACGUUCAACUCAGUGCCAGGAAUGAGUUGUAAUAUUGUCCAGGGGGCUAUGUAUGCGUUCCCACAGAUCAAAUUGCCAGAAAAGGCUAUUGAGGCUGCCAAGAAGGCAGGUCAGGCUGCAGAUGUGUAUUAUGCAUUCCAGCUUCUAGAGAACACAGGCAUCUGCAUUGUGCCAGGCAGUGGUUUUGGCCAGCGACCAGGAACCUAUCAUUUCAGAACCACCAUCUUGCCACAGCCCGACAAACUCAAAGUCAUGCUUGAGAAGUUCCAGGAAUUCCACACCAACUUCCUCAAGCUCUAUGAGUAAAUUGCUCAACCUGCUUGUCUGCUCAUUUACUGUAAGAAUCAUAAUGAUGCUCAUCCUCAAAAUUUUCACCUGGGAGAAGAGGAUUGAAUAUAAAUUAGCUUAAUGGUUUGGGGAAAUAUUAACACAUUUCAGCAACAUAUCUUUAACGAUAGAAGAGAGAAUCUAUUCUCAAGCUAUCGCAAGGAAAAAUAAAAACAAAAGCGUUGACUGUGGCUCAUAUCACUUACCUGUAAGCUUUGGCUACAGGGAUCACCUUUGCACAGCACAGCAUAUACUUGGAAUUGACGAUCAUAUGGGGAGUACAACUAAAUGAAGUUGAUUUCAGAAAUUGGCUUCACGUCCAUCAUUGUGUUUUUAAAACCUUUUUUUUUUCUUCUUUUUUCUAAGUUUUGAGUUAUGAUAUGCUGACAAGCACAAGAAGUUAUGACAGCUCUUUCUUUUCUUUUUUUUUCUCCUGUAUAAAGUAGUAUAUACAAGACACUGUUAUAUCAGCAUGUUCUAGUGCUGCAGUGUUAUUGUUUUGAAGAAUGUUAAUAUUUUGAGGUAUAUAAUUUCCCAUAGAUUUUUUCUCUCUUACUCGCAACACUUGGUAGUUAAAAGGUAUAAAUACAACAUUGAAUAGCUUCAAGUUGGAGUUGUGAUAUGGCCAAAUGUAUCAUUAGCCAGUUUUUAGAAAUUCUUUCUCAUUUCUCAAUUUCUCUUUAUCAUCCUUCCCUUCCACAUACACACAAGUAAAGUAAAUACCAAAUGAAUGAUAUGGCAAUGGUUUUCAGGAAAGCCUUGUAUUAUACUUGGUAGUAUUAUCCUAGGGAAGUUAUACAGUAUUGUAAUUGUCCAAAUAAAAGACAGGCCAACUAGGUAUACUAAAUAGACAUAAAGCGAAACUAGAUAUCCUUACUAGCAACGUUGGCCACAGAGUCAGGGAAAGUGUGCAUGUGUUUAGAAACGUGUAAGUGAGUAGUUAAUAAAUUUGUUUAAAUGUAAAAGAUAAAUCUGGGAAUAGCAUAGGUAAUGAUAUUUUUGUUGAAAUUAUUAUUUGAAGUUAUUCUCAAUUUAAAGAAGUGACAUACUCAUGUAAAGACCAUACAUGUCAUUUGAAAAUAAGAAUGAUUAACAAUUCUCACAAAGACGAUACUCAAGAGGUGUUUAAAAAAGAAAAGUUUUUGUGAUUACAACAAUUGCAAACAUGUACAAGCCACAUCAGUAUAUGCCCUAUACUAGCUCACCACUAAGGUGCACAUCUCACAUCUCACAAACUCACAUUCUCCAAAAGAAGAAUUGAAUGUAAUACUGCAGGGAACACAUAACUUCAAAAAAUAAAAAAAAUAAAAUCACACUAUUAACAUUUAAUACAAACACAAGUUCAUUAUCGGAGACCCAUAGUCCGUUUUCUUCACUUACCUGAAACGAUACCAAGCUGUGAUAUCCAUGUCUUGCUGCAACACGGAACCGAAUAGCGUGGGAAAAGUAAUAGUUGUAUUAGGUCAAAUAAAAAAAUAUAUGAUUAUUA